UGCGAGUAUAGUACUUCAGGUAGUACUGCUGUUAUAGAAGUGUUGUAUAUCUAUGUGGUUUCAGAUGGUUGAGGUGUGGAAGGUGGCAACAUCUUGACCACACUUGGGCAUGAGAAGCAGAAGAAGGUAGACGUCAAGGUCACUUUAGUGUCAUUUCCUAGAGCAACGGUCAUCAGUGGGAGACACAGACUACCGAGGUGCAUCAGUCAUGAUAACGCUCAGAAAACACGUGUUCCUCUGCUAUACACUACGAGUGGUGUGGUGUGUGUUGGUAGUGGCCGAGGAGUGGACCGUGACCAUUCCUAAUCAGAUAUCUGGCCUGAAGGGGUCUUGUAUCCUCAUCCCCUGUUCCUUCACACACCCCAGCACUUACAUCCCCGCUAAUGUCACCUGGUACCAGUACUCCAAGCUGCCUGGUAAAUACCCAGUCGUCUUCAGCCGCACCAAACCAGCGGAUAUCAUAGAGCACUACAGUGGUUGAACUGAACUGUUGGGAAGGGCCUCUGAUGGAGACUGCUGCCUGAUGACCAAUGGAAUGAUAUUAGAGCAUAACGGAGAGGACAUUUACCCCUGGGUGGAUGAGGUCAGCAAGUCUGUCUUUGCAUUCUUUCAGUGGAGGGUGACACUGGAGGUUACAGACACAGCACCAAGGCCACAGCUGUCGGUCAGUGAAGAGCAAAGGGAAGGGGGCAACAUCACUGUUUCCUGUGCUGUCCUCCACACCUGCCCCUCCUCCCCUCCCUCCCUCUCUUUCGGGGACCAGAGGGGGGUGGUCCAGGGGUACCACACCGAGGAGAUACAGGGUCGAUGGCGCGUCCUCUCCACCAUCUCGUUUGUGGCCCGAGCAGAGGAUCAUGAGAAAGUGGUGGCGUGUAACGUGACACAUCCAGGAGGCCAGACAGCUGCAGGGGAGGUGGUGCUCGACGUGAGCUAUGCCCCCAUGUCUGUGAGUGUCUCAGGGGGAAGCACUGUGGUCCAGGUUGGCACUAACCUGUCCCUGUCCUGCAUCAGCGAUGCCAACCCCCUUGCCAGCUCCUACCUGUGGCACUUGCUGAGAGAUGGCCUGGUCAUGCCACUGAACCACAGCACAGAGACCGCUGCAGUUACAGACUUGCACCCAGAUGAGAAUGCGUUCCACUGCACAGCUAUCAACCCUCUGGGGAGGUCCAAGCCCUCCUCUAUUUUUGUGGUCACUGCAGAAUACAAGCCAUCUAUAUUAGCAAACUCCAGCUGCUCCUACCAUGCUGGCCAAGUCAUCUGCAGGUAUCAGGCCCGGGCUCGACCAAGGGCCAAAGUGCUGUGGAUGGUGGAUGGAGGACCCCUGUUCCCUGGCUCUGACCCAACCACCUCCCCCCAGAACCACACGGUGAUGGAUAUCUGGGCUGCAGAGGGCACCUAUGAAAAUGUGUCUGUCACCUGUCUGGUCAACAACACACAUGGCCAUGAUAAGCUUCUCCUGAGUGUAUUUGUGAAAGGUGUUAUGAAAAUGUCCUCAGUGGUAUAUGAGGGUCUCAUUUUGUAAAGGUCAUUAUUAUUUGAAUAUGUAGUAUGAAUUAUGUUCAAUUAAAGAAAUGUGAGAUUGUACACAGUUGUGACAUUUAUGCUUUCCACAAUACUUUUUCUAUUCUAUUUUAUUCAACAUAAAUUAACCAUUUGAACAUACCUGUAUUCUCUUAAAUGUUUUGUCUUCACCAGCACCACCCACUAAUGUGUCCAUCAGCCAGCUCCCAGCCCGGCCUCUGGAGGGAGAAAAGGUCACUCUGUCCUGUCUGGGUCACGGUCACCUCCCAAUCAGUUCCUACAGGUGGUACCGUGUGUUCGGGGAGCAGUCAGUCCUGCUUAGAGAGGAUUCUGGGAGUUUGAGUCUCUCUGUGACCAGAGACGUGGGGCAGUUCCGCUGUUCUGCUCUGAACGAGAUGGGAGAGUGCAGUUCAGACACCACUCCUGUGAACGUUGAGUACGCACCAGCUAUACU